AUACUAUUUCAAGAUCUAAAUUAACUCUACAUUUUUUUUCCUCCCUGUAUUUUCUGCUACUGCUUCUCUUCUCCCUCCCCACCCCUGUAAGCAGGUCUCCUUCUGGCUGUUCAUUGUUUCAUAGCCAGGAAGAGGCAAAAGGAAGGGCAAACAAAAGUGAUCUAUAAGUAUUUUUGGCUUUGUUUUAUAAAAUCCUGAAAUUUCAAGGGGAAAAAAUUCCAGGACACCACGUAAGUAUCUUGAAAAACUUCAAAAGGGAAAGGAUUUCCUUGAAACUGGAAGAAGGAUUUUCCUGGGCACAUACAAGGGGAGAGAGAAACAGAGAAUGAUCAGCAUUUCCUGAGGAGAAACACGGAACUGGGAGCUGAUACUGGAGGAGUUGCCCAAGAAGAGAACCGGGAGUUGGCAGAGAAGUCUAUGAGGUCAUGCUUCUAGCAUCCAGGUGUAUCAUGGGAGAUGAAUCAUUGCACAAAUGCCACCUAGACCUCACUCAUCUGUACCAGGAAUUAUACUAGUUCUUCUUUCCAUUGACCAUUAACACCCAGGUAGCCACAGUGAAUGGUCAGGACUUGUAUGGGAGCCACCAGGAAGCAUCUCUCUUUUUUUUGUUCUCUGCACUUCAACAUGGAGAAAUGUAAACUGCCACCACACAUCAAGAGUCUGCUGGAGGAUAGAGCCAACACAGACAAAGUGGAUCCAAGAGAUGGAGAAAAAAAUUGGGUGCUGAAGACAUUUGAGCCUGGAUCAAGCUAUUCUUGGAGCUAAAGCUAUCAUCAGAUUCUCAUGUUAUGCUAAGAAAUGGCAUUUCAAAAGGCAGUAAAAGGGACUAUUCUUGUUGGAGGUGGCGCCCUUGCAAGUGUCCUAGGCCUCUCUCAAUUUGCUUAUUACAGAAGGAAGCAAGUGAACCUGGCCUAUGUCGAAGCAGCCGAGUGCAUCUCAGAAGCUGUUAACAAGGAGCCUCCUUCCAGAGAAGCUCAGCUGCUGACUUUGCAGAACGUGUCUGAAUUCGAUAUCCUGGUCAUUGGAGGAGGGGCAACAGGGUGCGGCUGUGCACUGGAUGCUGUCACCAGAGGACUAAAAACAGCCCUUGUAGAAAGAGGUGAUUUCUCAUCAGGGACCAGCAGCAGAAGCACUAAAUUGAUCCAUGGUGGUGUGAGAUAUCUUCAGAAGGCUAUCAUGAAGUUGGAUAUUGAGCAGUAUAGGAUGGUAAAAGAAGCCCUUCACGAGCGAGCCAACCUACUAGAAAUUGCUCCCCAUUUAUCAGCUCCGUUGCCCAUAAUGCUUCCAAUUUACAAAUGGUGGCAGCUACCUUACUACUGGGUAGGAAUCAAGCUAUAUGAUCUGGUUGCAGGAAGUAAUUGCCUGAAAAGCAGUUAUGUCCUGAGCAAAUCAAGAGCCCUAGAACAUUUCCCAAUGCUCCAGAAGGACAAACUGGUAGGAGCAAUUGUCUACUAUGACGGACAACACAACGACGCACGGAUGAACCUCGCCAUUGCCCUCACUGCUGCCAGGUAUGGGGCUGCCACAGCCAAUUACAUGGAGGUAGUGAGCUUGCUCAAGAAGACAGACCCCCACACGGGGAAAGAGCGAGUGAGCGGCGCGCGGUGUAAGGAUGUGCUCACAGGGCAGGAGUUUGAUGUGAGAGCCAAAUGUGUUAUCAAUGCUACGGGACCUUUCACAGACACCGUGCGCAAAAUGGAUGAUAAGAACGCCACGGCCAUCUGCCAGCCGAGCGCCGGCGUCCACAUCGUGAUGCCCGGUUAUUACAGCCCCGAGAGCAUGGGACUUCUUGACCCAGCAACCAGUGAUGGGCGAGUUAUAUUCUUCUUACCCUGGCAGAAGAUGACUAUAGCUGGCACUACCGACACUCCAACUGAUGUCACACACCAUCCCAUUCCUUCGGAAGAAGAUAUCAAUUUCAUUUUGAAUGAAGUGCGUAACUACCUGAGUUGUGACGUUGAAGUGAGAAGAGGGGACGUCCUGGCAGCCUGGAGUGGUAUCCGUCCCCUUGUUACUGAUCCCAAGUCUGCAGAUACUCAGUCCAUCUCCCGAAAUCAUGUUGUGGAUAUCAGUGAGAGUGGCCUCAUCACUAUAGCAGGUGGAAAGUGGACAACGUAUCGAUCUAUGGCAGAAGAUACCAUAAAUGCUGCUAUCAAGGCUCAUAAUUUGAAAGCGGGACCAAGCAGAACAGUUGGGCUUUUCCUUCAAGGGGGCAGAGAUUGGAGCCCCACACUCUACAUUAGGCUUGUCCAGGAUUAUGGGCUUGAAAGUGAGGUGGCACAGCAUCUUGCCGCCACCUAUGGUGACAAGGCUUUUGAGGUGGCCAAAAUGGCAAGCGUAACUGGAAAAAGGUGGCCCAUCGUUGGUGUGCGUCUUGUGUCAGAAUUUCCAUACAUUGAAGCCGAGGUGAAAUAUGGGAUUAAGGAGUAUGCCUGCACAGCAGUGGAUAUGAUUUCACGGCGGACUCGCCUGGCCUUCCUAAAUGUCCAGGCAGCAGAGGAAGCCCUACCCAGAAUUGUUGAACUGAUGGGCAGAGAACUGAAUUGGGAUGAUUAUAAAAAAAAGGAGGAACUUGAAACAGCCAGGAAGUUUCUGUAUUAUGAAAUGGGCUAUAAAUCUCGAUCAGAACAGUUAACAGAUCACUCUGAAAUUAGCCUCCUACCUUCCGACAUCGACAGGUACAAGAAGAGAUUUCAUAAGUUUGAUGCAGACCAAAAGGGCUUUAUUACCAUUGUUGAUGUUCAGCGUGUAUUAGAGAGUAUCAACGUCCAAAUGGAUGAGAAUACACUACAUGAAAUUCUGAAUGAAGUAGAUUUGAACAAAAAUGGACAGGUUGAACUCAAUGAGUUUUUGCAGCUGAUGAGUGCUAUUCAGAAAGGAAGGGUGUCUGGAAGCCGGCUCGCGAUACUGAUGAAAACUGCGGAAGAGAACCUCGACAGAAGAGUCCCCAUUCCAGUGGACCGAAGUUGUGGAGGACUGUGAGUCUGGGCAGUAAGUCCACGGCCAACAGACAUAGGAACAACAAAUCAUCAUGUAACAACCAGAGAUGACUUACACCACUCCCAAAUAGUGGCCAUGGAUGGCUGCCUUUGUUAACACUGGGAAACAUUCCAAAGCUUUAGGACGUUGAUGUAUACCCUUUAUUUGUAUUUGCCAUUCAAUCUAGCUUCUAAAGAGUGUAUUUUAUCUUUUUUCUCACUUUCAAUGCGCACUGAUUUAAUGCUUUGCAUCCAUUUUGUAACCUGUUAGACUGGACACACUCCCUUUUUGUGUGUCUCUUCAUUUAUUCUGAAUCACUCCUAGGGACAGAGCAUUUUGGCCGAAAUUGAAAAGAGGCUGGAAAAAUUUCUUGUGAUGUGCACAAAGCUCUGGACAUUAAGAUUGUAGAUAGGAUUUGCUCCUAACAGAAACUGAGCAGGGAGUGACCUAUAGAAAUGAUAGCAUUUCUGGAGACCUCUCAGAUCCUUCUUCCCUGAGAUGGAUUGCCUUCCCCAUCCAAACAAUACCGGGCAGUUUUAUGUCUAGGGUAUGACUGGCAAAACCAGAGAGCGAAGACAAAGUUUAGAUCUGGUUACAGGAGCGAGUCUCAAAGAGAAACUCUGAACGCUUCCAGAAUCACAGGUGUAAGAUAAGGAUAGCGUUGACAUUUGCUGGAAGUUACACUGAUAGUUUCAUCUCAGCAAUUCGGUUUUUUUCCCAGUCACUGCUGGUUUUUCUUUGACUAUUAUAGUUGCCAGGAAGAUCCUUGCUUUUCAUAUUUUAAAACCAGCGUUUAAGUGGCAAGUUGGAUGUGAUGGGAUGAGACUAAAUUUCUCAAAUCCUCACAGUAGUAAUAAAGUUAAGGAUUAAAAACCUGUGUGUGUGUAUCCACAUGCGAUGGCACGAUUUUCAAUCCCCAAAUCCUAAACUGUGGCCCAUGUGCUUUUGUCAAACAUGGCCUCUUUGGCUUAGUUUAUUGCAUCAUUUUGGGGGAGUAAUUUCAAACAGAGAGUAAAAGAGGAUCGAAGUAACCUUUAGUUAACUUUAAUUAUAAUUAUUUGUAAAAAGGCACAGUGCUGCAGUAGUCAAGGUCAUUUGGGUUGCUUAAAGCCUUUCUCCUUCUCGACUCUGUGGAAAAGUUCUCAACCACAGAGAAAAAGAAAAGAAAGAAAAUCACGCGCAACACUCACCCACACACAGACCCUUCUCCCACCACACACACACAGAGACACAAAACAAAACAAAAAUAAAUCUGAUUGAAUUUAACAAAUAAUACAUUGAAUUUAAAGGGCCAAUUUGGUACGCUUUUGCAAUACUUCACUAGCAUUUUAACCAAUCACCUGAAUAUUUAUCCACUGUGCUUCCUCUUGUGAGGUUAACUACCUGCUUUUUUAUUUUCUAAGAUCAGGUUGUGUAUGUAAUAGGAGAUAUAACCCUGUAUUUAAUGGCAGGCUUUAAUUGCACAGACUUGAGAUCUUAGUUGUUUUUUUUUAACUGGUACAUAAAACACUUUUGUGCUGUUAUUUCUAUUUAUGUGAACAUUGUAGAAUAUCUUUCUGCCUCAUUCAAGUGGGAUAUGAGCCUGGAUGUCAUAAUGUAAACACUGGAGGUUCACUCACCACCUAAACCCCCACCCCACUUCAAAACAUUCACUUGUUUUUAAAUGAAGUUUAGACUUGCCACUUCCCAAAGGAAAACCUAAAAUGGAGCAAGGGAUGCUCCCAGGUAUCACUGUGAACGUUUUUCUUUCAAAGGUGAACAUUUUACACUGCCUUUAAAAAAAUAUAUUGGAAGCAUGUGGCUUUGUAAUUUAGUGUUUUUCUAUCAAGAUGAUAAGUUUCGCUGUUUAGAACCCGGUGACCCUUGAUAGAAAAGCUGUCCUUUAAAACACCGCAGAUGACGUACCACAAUACACUACCUUUGUGCUCUCUCUCUUUCUCUCUUUCUAGUUAGAUCAAGAUAGCGAGAACUUGUGCCCUCCCUGAACCCUGAACCCAUUACAGUGGGGACCGGCUUUAUAGGCUGACUGGUCUGGGCAGAGCUGUAUUUGUACAACAGGCCUGGUUUGUACACGCUUUGCUAUGAGUGAAGUUCCUUUAAGGACAAAGAAAAGCGCACUUUGCUUCCUUUGAGCGUCUCUGCUUUUGCUGAAAAUCUGCUAAUUCUAAAACAUACGCUCCUUCACCAAUCCCAGAGACUGAUCUUGGAAGUGAGCUGGUUCCAAGUCUACUGUGAAUAAAGCACCCCCGCAUUUUUGUGUGAGUUCUUAAUUAAACCUGCACAGCUUCUGUACCUGAUUUCAGAAAAGGGGAAAGGAAAUGGAGGGAUUAGCCCCUUCAAAACCUAUUCCAAGCAGGAGAGAAUUUUUCUUUUCUUUUUGUACAAAUGUGAUACUAGAUGAUUCUAUGUGGAUGGGGAUGAGGGGUGCAGAGAUUGUCUUUAUCAUCCGGUGAUUUAUUUCAAGAGCCUUUAAGGGGAUUCAGGUGAAGGAACCCCCAUCUGUGGUGAAGAGCUGGAUGCUCCUUUAAAUAGCCCCAUACCACGGUCCUAACAAUAGUGACAAUGCUGGAUUAUUGCUUAAGCGAAGGUUGUCUGCCUCAAAGCCCUCAUGCUGUUUGCAAUAUUCUUGCUUUCAAUCAAUUUAUACUAAGUGUAACUUUAGGAUUUCUACUAUUAAAUGCAUGCUCCCUAUUCUGCUUUAGUUUUUAGCUUUUUAUGUAACUUAGUCUUUUGUACAACAACAAAAAUUUCAUUGUGACUUUUACUGAACAUACUGUAAGGACGAUCAUUGAUCUUAUUUCCUUUUUUAUGCAACCGUAAAGAUUUUUGGCAUAUGAAUGUAAUAAUAUCGAAGUCAGUGAUGCUCUAACUUGCGCUGUUUUGCAUUAUGUCAGCCCUUUUCAGGGAAUAAAAAAGCCCUACUGUGUUUUUAAAGACUAUCCAGUCCAAGCCGUGUUGGAGUGGAUAUGCACACUGCAUGCCUUCAUAUGUGGUGCUUUCAUGUAUUGUGUUGGGUUAUUGUUCUAGAUGGAACUGUUAAAUACUGUGUUUGAGGCUGGAUUGUCAUUUUUAUAACUGUCUUGGUGUUUUAUCGCCAUUAUUUAUUACUUUUGAUAUACAGAAUGAGCUGCAUGCAUUUAUAGAGCAAUAAGAAGAUGUAUUUAAUGUGCCUUGUUUUUAACUGAAUAAGAACUGAAAGCACGAAUCAAUAAAACUGAUUAAAAUGG